GUGGAGGAGAAAGAGGAGCCCACCACGAUGGAGAAACAAGUGGAGGAGGAGAAAGAGGAGCUCUCCAUGAUGGAGAAACAGGUGGAGGAGGACAAAGAGGAGCUCUCCAUGAUGGAGAAACAGGAAGAGAAGAAAGAGGCGCCCUCUAUGAUUGAGAAACAGGAGGAGAAAGAUGAGCCCUCUAUGAUGGAGAAUCAGGAGGAGAUGCCAGGAGAAGAGAAAGAGAGGGAGAAGGUUCAACUUCAGGGUCCAUGCUCCUCCUACACACCUCCUCCUGAAGACGAAAGAGGAGCUGAAGAAAAGGAGGAGAACGUGAAAAGAGAAGAACAGAAAGAGGAGGUUCAAUCUGAGAGUCCACCUUCACAGGAGGAGCAGGAAGGAGAUGAGGAAGAGGAAGCUGGAGUCAGAGGAGAGGAACAGAUGAAGGAGGAGACAGAGGUGUUGACGGAGGGGAGGGAAGGUGUGAUGACAGAAGAGGAGGUGCAUCAGACAAAGACUCCCAGCUCCUCCUCCACACCUCCUCCAGGUGAAGCCGGAGCUGAUGAAGAGGAGAAAGAAGCUGUGGUGGACAGAGGGGAUGAGUCCGAGGAGCUCCACCCGCCCCAGGAGGCCCCUGACAGUAAAACGAGUGCUCCCAACCUUACUGAGCCUCCUGCUGAAGAGGAGCUGGACGUCCAGGAGGGGGAAACAAACACACCGAUCCACCAAACUCCGCCUUCAGCAGACCUGAAGGCCCUUGCUGACGAACCGAGCGCUCCUCUGAGCAACGGCCUCCUCAGCAAACAGAGAGACAAGUCUUUGACUCCUGCAGCUGCACCUCCAUCCACAGCCAAAGCUCCACCGGCAGGAGCUUCCCCGAAGAGGAAAACCAGCACCUCCUCCUCCUCCUCUAAACAGGCUGCUGCAGUCCGGAAAACAGGCGCUCCUCCUCCACUGAGGAAAGGAAAAUCAGCUGGAAAGGAUCCUGCUGAUGAAACCAUGAAGGCCUCCAGGACAGCAGGAGGCGCCAGAGCAGCCAAGAUGAUCUCAGCCAAGAGUACAGAGUCAGUUGACGGCGUGAACAGUCCAGGAAGUCGCUCUCCUGCCAGUCGAUCGUCCACUCCGAACAGAGACAUCAAGAAGGUCGCGGUGGUCCGGACCCCCCCUCGGUCUCCUGGUGCUGCUCGUGGGCGGACGCCCCCCCUCCCCUCCCACCCAAUGCCUGACCUGAGCAACGUGAAGUCAAAGGUCGGAUCCACGGAGAACCUGAAGCACUCCCCUGGAGGAGGCAAGGUUAACAUCGUCCACAAGAAGCUGGAUCUCAGUAACGUGACGUCAAAGUGUGGCUCUAAAGACAACAUCCGCCACAAACCAGGUGGGGGGAGAGUGGAGAUAAAGUCGGAGAAGGUGGACUUCAAAGCGGUUCAGUCUAAAGUGGGUUCUCUGGAGAACGUCACUCAUGUUCCAGGAGGAGGGAAGAAGAAGAUCGAGAGUCAGAAGCUGAGUUUUAGAGAGACCGCCAAAGCUCGAACCGACCACGGUGCUGAGAUCAUUGUCCAGGCUGACUCCUCCCCUCCUCACCUUAGCAACACUUCCUCCCCUGGAAGCCUUAAUGCGGCUGAAGCUCCGCCCCUUGACACGCUGGCUGACCAGGUGUCUGCCUCCCUCGCCAAACAAGGCCUGUGAUUGGAUAACCCUGUGCCUGCAGAUUCCGCCCCCUCCUGUUACCAAGGAAACCGCCUGAACAAAGAAAGAAAAAAAACUCAUCAUUCAGCCUUUUUCGUCAUCACAUUCACCUGAAGUCACUGACGAUCAGAGAGAUUUUAUGAUGUACAAGUGAACAGUCAAUCACGGUUUGUCAGGCCGGGUGCAGCCUCGCUCCAUGACAAGAGGUGAAGCUGGCAGAAAGUGUUUCUCCAGCUGAUUUGUGCUAAGCUAAGCUGAGCUGAACACAUGUCAGAGCUUCAUUUGAACUUGGAGAGUAAAACUUUAGAUGUUUCAGAAUAUCUCAGAUCUUUAUCUCUGCAGCAACCACAGCAUGCUAACUGACCACACAGUUAGCAUGGUUAUUUAGCUUGUUAGCAUUACUGAUUAGCCUACUAACUGUACUGAUUUACCUGUUAGCAUUAUUAAUUAACCUGCUAACAAUAAUGAUUAGCCUACUAACAAUACAGAUUAGCCUGUUAGCAUUAUUGAUUAGCCUUCUAACGAUACAGAUUAGCCUGUUGGCAUUAUUGAUUAGUCUACUAAUACUGAUUAGGCCAUUAGCAUUACUGAUUAGCCUGUUAGCUUUGUUCAUAGAAUCUCCCUGAUCACUGAACACCUCUCUGAUGUCACCUCUCUCAGUAAAUCACCAUCUCUUCUCCCCUGUGAUCCCCCUCCCCACCCCAAACAUUAAAAAUGACCCAGAAUGCCAUUUCAUACCAGGUGCCAAAACCAUCGUGUCGGUCUCUGCCUGUCGGCUGUUAAAGUGCUUUGUACCAAUAAAGUUUGUCCUGGAUCUGAACUGAAA